AUGAAACGUUAUGCCUUGAUGAUCACUGCGCUUCCUUUCGUUUGCCUCCUGAUUGGUUACAGUGCAGGUGUAAAUUUGGAGACAGUGAUCAUUGGUGAAGAAUCUUGGAAGCCGGAGGCAGGUUUAAGCGAAAGGAAACUACCAGCCGGCUAUAACUUAUGGAAAAAUACACCCAAGCUCGAGAUUCCGAGCUGGAGCAGUGGAGAACCAAGUUUUCAACACGAAGGAAAUCACCUCACAAGGGCUAAAUUCGAGUGGCCAUCCGCAACUGAAGUCGGCAUCGUUUACAAUCAGUCCGACCAUCCUAUGCAAUUCUUGCUACAACAUGCUGAUACUAAAGCGUUUGUAUAUUGUCGUUCGGUCCAGCAAGGUUAUGGGCAAAGGGUCAUCAUUCCGCGCAAUUGUCGAGUUGGAUCCUUGUGGCUUUACAUAGGUCCAGAAGUGGCAGAAGCAGCCGAGAAUGAGAGAAAGCCCAAAUCAGCCAUUUCUGCUUUUCUUUCUGCUUUAAACAUAGUUUAA